GCGAAGGCGAGACCAGACCUCACCACCGCCGCCGCUGUCGCCUGCUCUCCCCGCUCGCGCCGCCCGCCCUAGAAAAGCCCGCGACUUUCUCGCCGCCGCCAACCCCCGCCGCCGCAGGGAUGGCCGAGGACACGGAGACGAGGCCCGCGUCGGCAGGCGCGGAGGAGAGGGAGGAGGGGGAGAUCGCGGACGACGGGGACGGCUCCUCCGCCGCGGCGGCGGGGCGCAUCAGCGCCCACCCGCUGGAGAACGCCUGGACCUUCUGGUUCGACAACCCGCAGGGCAAGUCCCGGCAGGUGGCCUGGGGCAGCACCAUCCACCCCAUCCACACCUUCUCCACCGUCGAGGACUUCUGGGGCCUUUACAACAAUAUCCAUAACCCUAGCAAGUUGAAUGUGGGAGCCGACUUCCACUGCUUCAAGAAUAAGAUUGAGCCUAAAUGGGAAGACCCCAUUUGUGCCAAUGGCGGUAAAUGGACCAUCAGUUGUGGCAGAGGGAAAUCUGACACAUUCUGGUUGCAUACUUUGCUGGCAAUGAUUGGUGAACAAUUCGACUUUGGUGACGAAAUUUGUGGAGCAGUCGUUAGCGUGCGUCAGAAACAGGAAAGAGUAGCUAUCUGGACUAAGAAUGCUGCCAAUGAAGCUGCUCAGAUAAGCAUUGGCAAGCAGUGGAAGGAGUUUCUGGACUACAGGGACUCCAUUGGGUUCAUUGUUCAUGAGGAUGCAAAGAGGUCUGACAAAGGCCCCAAGAACCGCUACACCGUUUGAUCCCGCGACUCGUCGAUCCUGAGAGCUUCCACAGCAGGCCUGCCUACUCUUGGACGCAAGAAGGUUUCUCCUGGAAUAGCUUAGCUUGUAGCGGGCGGAUGCUGUUUUCUGAAGGAUUUAUUAUGUGUGUUUGCUGUGAACUGCUUGGAAGACAUAAUCUAACAUCGUUGCGUUUGCCGUCGUCGUACUCCAUAAGUCACAUCUUAAUUUAUGAAGAGUUAUAUUUUGUGAGAA